AAGAUCAUAACAUAUAACAUAUAUAGAGUAGUACAUAAUUCGAUGCUGCUGAUGAUGAAGAUGAUGAGUCUACUCGGAGCAGAAGAUCAUAAGGCUAAUUCGUGACUACCAUGGGAGUACUGAGACUACUAGUUCUUGGCAUGCAUCAUGUCGUCUAACCCUCCGAAUCCGAAUUCCACCAAAGAUUUCUUCGCUUCUCCAGCUCUCUCUCUUUCUCUCGCUGGAAUUUUUCGACAUGGGACGGGGACAGGAGCGAACGCGGACGUGGAGGAGGGAGAUGAGGGAAGCGGCGGGGGAGGCGCGAGAGCAGCAGGCAGCAAAGACACCGUGGAGAUCAGCAGCGAGACCUCCGGUCCUGCGAGAUCUCCUUCUGACGAGGACUCUGACGGAGCUGGAGACGACGAGGAUUUUAACAAAAACAAGAAGAAGAAAAGGAAGAAAUAUCACAGACACACCGCGGAACAAAUUAGGGAAAUGGAAGCGCUAUUUAAAGAAUCACCCCAUCCAGAUGAGAAGCAACGGCAAGAAUUGAGCAAACAAUUAGGACUGCAUCCGAGGCAAGUUAAAUUUUGGUUUCAGAAUCGUCGAACACAGAUUAAGGCAAUUCAAGAACGCCAUGAGAACUCGUUGUUGAAGACAGAAAUGGACAAGCUUCGCGAUGAAAACAAGGCGUUAAGAGAGGCCACAAACAAGACCUCGUGUCCUAGCUGUGGUACUGCCACCUCUAGCAAAGAUGCUGGUGUAACUUCUGAGGAACAGCAAUUAAGGAUUGAAAAUGCCAGACUAAAAUCCGAGAAUGAAAAACUCCGGGCUUAUAUGGGAAAGUACCCGUCAGGAACAUCACCAACUACCUCAUCCUGCUCAGCUGAGACUGAUCAAACCGGGAAAAGAUGUUCUCUAGAUUUUUACAGUGGCAGUUUUGGGCUAGAAAAAUCACGAAUUGUAGAGAUUGUUUAUCAAGCUGCAGAAGAGCUCAGGAAGAUGGCUACAGUAGGUGAACCACUAUGGAUAAGAAGCUUGGAGACUGGCCGGGAGAUACUUAAUUACGAUGAAUACAUCAAGGACUUCUCUGUCGGAGAGCAGACAAACAGAUCAUCUGUCGAAGCUUCAAGAGAAUCUGGAGUUGUGUUUAUGGAUCUUACUACAUUAGUUCAAAGUCUAAUGGACGUGAAUCAGUGGCAGGAAUUGUUUCCUUGCAUGAUCUCGAAGGCAGCUACUAUAGAUGUUAUCAGCAGUGGAGAUAGUGCUAGUAAAGACGGAGCGAUUCAACUGAUGUUUGCAGAGAUGCAGAUGCUUACUCCGAUGGUGGCUACGAGAGAAGUUUACUUUGUUCGACAUUGCAAACAGCUGAGUACUGAUCAAUGGGCGAUUGUUGAUGUCUCGGUAGACAAUGUUGAGAAGAAUAUUGAUGAAUCAUUGCUGAAAUGUAGAAAGCGUCCUUCGGGCUGUAUCAUCGAGGACAAGUCGAAUGGCCACUGUAAGGUGAUCUGGGUAGAACAUCUGGAAUGCCAGAAGAGUCUGAUACACACAUUGUAUCGAACAAUUGUUCAAAGCGGAAUGGCCUUCGGUGCAAGACACUGGAUUAAAACACUGCAGCUGCAAUGCGAGCGCUUAGUCUUCUUCAUGGCCACAAAUGUGCCCACAAAAGACUCCAGCGGUGUCGCCACAUUGGCCGGGAGAAAAAGCAUCUUGAACCUGGCUCAGAGAAUGACAAAGAGUUUUUAUCGCGCUCUGGGAGCAUCAAGCAGGAAUACAUGGAACAAAGCGCCUAGUAAAUCAGGAGACGACAUACGAAUAUCGUCCAGGAAAAACUUGAAUGACCCCGGAGAACCCCUCGGAGUCAUACUAUGUGCAGUUACGUCUGUCUGGCUGCCGGUCUCUCAUCUUGUUCUGUUUGAUUUCUUGAGGGAUGAAACACGAAGAAACGAGUGGGACAUUAUGUCAAACGGAGGUCCGGUUCAGACCAUAGUGAACUUGGCUAAAGGGCAAGAUCGAGGCAACGCAGUAACCAUCCAAGAAAUAAAGCCGAAGGAAAACAGCGUCUGGAUACUCCAGGACAGCUGCACAAACGUGUACGAAUCCACAAUAGUCUACGCACCUGUGGACAUCAGCGGAAUGCAAUCAGUGAUAACAGGCUGUGACUCGAGCAAUGUAUCCAUAAUGCCAUCAGGCUUCGCUAUCCUUCCAGAAGGUAUUGAGUCGAGGCCCCUGGUAAUAUCUUCCAGGGCGGACGACAAGAGCACAGGAGGGUCAUUACUUACCAUUGCUUUUCAAGUACUGAUAAGUGAAUCUCCAACAGCUAAACUUAGUAUGGAAUCUGUAGAGUCUGUUAACAAACUUAUAUCAUGUACAUUGCAUAACAUUAAGACAGGGUUGCAGUGUGAAGAUGGGUGAUUCAUCGCUCGCUUUCUCAUAUUAGUAGAGGCAGCGGCGCUAGUUACUAGUAAAUUUUAUUGUGCCCAGAUUUUUUCUCUGUA